CCCGGAACCGGGUUCUACUCGAAGUCGCUGCUGAGCAACCCAACCCGGUAAAGCCCUUCGUCCAUCGAGCGGCGGUAUACUGCGCCACCGGAGCACCGUAAGCACAAAGCUGCUCCGUCUUCACUGAGAACCCUCCCCCAUGAAAUUAUCUUCCCCAAAGAAAAACAAGUCCAAAAUCGAGCAUGCGAUUUGCUUCUUGUUGUUUGCGUGGGUCGCUGAGAUGGGUCCAAAUCCAAUCCAAGCUUCAAUGCCCUAGUUCUCGACUGUGUUCUUCAGCCAGAGAUCGAGCUAGGGUUAGGGUUUCUAGAGAAAGGGGAUGCCUUUUUGUUUGCAAUUUCAGUGCCCUAUCAUCUCCCACACCGAGAUAUACGGCGUUCACUCCCUAUCUAUACAAUGAUUCAGUAUCUGAUACAGCGAAUCUGUUUAAAUUAUCACCAGAACAUAUCAAUAAACGGCCUAUUAUGACAUGGGGUUCUGUGAAAGAAGAAGAAGUGAUACAAGCCUUUGAAAAAUUUCUUUCCACCAUUGAAAACAUGAACCUCUCUACAAGGGAAAAGUGCAGCCUGUAUAUUAAGAGGCUCAUAGAAUUAGGCAACCUCUCAGAUGCUAUUUGUCUAUUUAGCUAUUUGCAGGAUAGGCAGAUCCAUAUCGGAACGGAUAUUUAUAACAUCCUUUUGAAUGCAGCAGGUGAAACAAACAGUUUUGAUCUUUUUGCUGAGAUCUUCAAGAAAUUACUGCUUUCUAGACAUCCUCCUGAUUUUACUUCCUAUGUUCAUGUUGCAAAGGCUUUUCACUAUGUCUCUGACUCAAUACUAUUACUCAAGUUCAUCAGGGAACUGUUAGACAUAACCAUUAGCAGAGAACCCAUAGUGAUGAACAGGAUCAUUUAUAUCACUGCGAAAUCUGGGCAACUUCAUAAAAGCUUGAUGAUAUUCGAAGAAUUGAAAAAUUCAAAAGCUAAAAUAGACACAGUUACAUUUAAUACUGUCCUUGUGAUUUUAGGCAGGGCAGGGAGAGUUGAUGAAAUGCUGAACGAGUUUAGUAUAAUGAAAGAAUUAGGUCAUUCCCCGAACCUUGUUACUUACAAUACUUUGAUUAACUGUUUGCGGAGACUUGGGAGAUUAGAUAUGUGCAAAUCCUUCGCAAAGGAAAUGGUUGAGAAAGGUAUUGAACUAGAUUUGAGAACUUAUACUGCAUUAAUCGAUGGGCUCGGUCGAGCAGGACAUGUAAAUGAUGCAAUGAGGCUCUUUGAUGAGAUGAAAAGGUCACAGAUUCCUUCAGUUUAUGUGUACCGUGCAAUGAUCAGUAAUCUAAAAAAGGCUGGAAGAUUUGAGCUAGCACUGAAUUUAUCAGAAGAAAUGAACUCAAGCAGUAUGAAGCUUAUUGGUCCCGAAGACUUCAAACGGAAAAAAAAGGCAAUAUACUACUCAAAAGUACGUCUAGAGGGCUCUUGAUUCCUUUUGGAUUUCUUUUUGGGUAAAGUU